GUCGUCUCCUCCUUUGUCUGUGUGUCGGCCUCUCUCUUUCAUCUCCUGUCUCCCGAUUUUCUUCCGCCUCGGACAAAAACAUCCGCAGAAAGUUUGUAUUUUUAGAACCCAAACAUUGACAGAAACAUACAUGUAUCGUACAACUACAGACCCAUCAACUCAUCACCAUCGACAUUUCUCGUAAUUUUUUACUUCCUUUUUCAGAUCCACCAUUCGAAACCCAGAACCAAAGCCACGAAUUUGGACGAACCCAUCUCACCAGAAUCCGGAAAAUCGACAGUGUGUGCGAGGGAGAAAAUGAGGGUGAUAACGGAUUCAUGGUGCUUCUGCAAAGGGGUGAGGAAGAGCGAGAAGAUGAGAGCUUCCAUAUUUUCCGGCAAGGCUCCGGCGAUGGCGAGAAUCUUCGUCCCCGGCGCCAAUGGGGUUUCUCCGGGAACCGGAUUCCUCAUCCACCGCAACCUCCUCCUCACGACGCACCUCAACCUCCCCUCCGUCUCCGCCGCCGAGUCCGCCGAGAUCCGUCUCCAGAACGGCCUCGCAGCCUCCCUCUUUCCUCACAGGUUUUUCAUCACCAGUUCCGUUCUCGAUCUCACCAUAGUUGGUUUGGACCCCAUUGAUGGCAGCGACUCAGCUUUCCAGAACCAGCAGCUGCAUUACUUGAAGACAUGUUCUAAGCCGAAUCUGGAUCUGGGUAGCGUGGUUUACCUCUUAGGUUAUACUUCCACGACCCAACUGACGGUAGGAGAGGGGAAGUUGGUUGUAGCCACAGAUAAUCUCAUUAAACUGUCAACCGAUGAGAUGAUCUGGAGUCCCGGGUCUGCUGGAUUCGACGUGCAAGGGAACCUCGCCUUCAUGAUCUGUGAUCCAAGAAAACUGGCUACAUCCCCGAACUCGAAUUCAUCGUCAUCCUCUACUUCGUCGUGGAAGAAGACAUUGAUGCAGUUUGGUAUCCCGAUACCGGUGAUUUGCGACUGGCUGAAUCAGCAUUGGGAAGGUUGUAGUCUGGAUGAACAUACAAAACCCAAGCUGCCACUCAUUAGAUUACUGUCUUCGGGUCAGAGGAGCGAUCAUUCUUGUGCUUCCUUUACCACACGCCGUGUUUUCAAGCCAACUGCUGCUGCUGAUGACAAUGCUGCUACCCUGUCUGUAUCCAAGACAAGAGAUGAGACUGGUUCAAGCUCUUCUGUUGCCGCUGCCAACAAUAAUGAGGAAGACAGAGAAGAAACCUCAAAACCCGAUCCACAAGCUGCUAAUACACAUGUGCAGGGUAUCCCGACCCCGGAAAUAUAUGAAUCGCCAAAGUUAACAUCUGGUCCUCUCAGGAAGAAAGAGACAAGCCCGGUACAGCUUCUGGAUAUCAACUUCCCUCCACGGGUUGUUAAAGUUCCAAACUUUCCUUCUCAGCCGGUAAAAUGCCCAGAAGAGAAGAGACCUGCCAUGGAACAACAUCCUCUGAAGAAUCUAACGGUGAAAGACUCAAACAAAGACAGAGAGGCUGAGGUUGCUUCGACAGGUUCAGUGAAUGGUUUUCACAGUGAGGUCAUCUCAAGUUCAUCGCCAGUCGGAGUGUCUGAAGCCUAUAAUAAUCAUGGGUUCAGUAGUGAAGAAGAGACAAUGUACUCUGCAGAAACAGCCGAGAGCCGAAACUACCCGACCCCUCCAAGAGAGAGCAAGUUUCACCAGAAAGUGGGGAGAAGCCAAAGCUGUGUGAGCUAUAAUAGAUGGCGAACUCCACAGAAAAGCUCGGCUGCUCGAAGAGCAAUGCUGGAGAAACAAAGAAGCUUUGUCCAUGGGAAGAAGGUUUAUUCACAAGGAGCUACUUCGCAGAGGAGCAAUGACUACUACAGUCCAACGGUCUCAUCAGUCAUGAAGAAAAAAAAUGGUUCAGAGCAUCCGAUGCACAAACCGCUGCCUAGGGCUGUUCAUUCUUCACCAAGAUGGAUGUUCUGAUCCAAUCUCAUAUUGAGACCUACACAAACAUGAAAGAAGCUACAGACUUAAAGAAGAAAGACGUUUGUCUAGUUUAGAUGUCUUGCACUAUUGUGUAAACUAAUAUCAUUAUAACUCUUGUGCAGACUUGUCGGAGAAAACACAAGAAAGAACAGGGAACACACAGUACAACCAGGGCAUUACGGGUUUAAGCCCUGGAAACAAUUUGUGGUUUCCAGUUCCUGAAAGUUGCAUCCCAAAUACGCCAUUUUACCCUCAAAUCGAGCAUAACGCAGAGAAGUUUCAUGCCCAUUGGUAUGGUCCAUUUCUGUACGAUAUGGUUGAGCUUCAGAAUGACUCGGAGCAUAAACUCAAGUCUGUUGAAGGUAGAACAUAACUCAAAACGCAUCUUAAGAUCAAACGCAUAGUCAAACUUGAAGAGUUGUUACUUGUAACAGAUGAUUUUUCCACGAAUAACCACCACCAUCAGAACAAUCCAAAUCAAAGAACAUGAACGGAAACUAUGGACCAUGCAGAAAUUUAAAUCAAGAGGUCAUUAGGUGGUCAGUUUUCCAAAAGGGUCAUGACCUCUUGUGCAUAAACCAAUCAAUACCCUUCACUAAAUUGAUGAACUAGACAAGCCCUCUUCACCAACUUGGCCUACAAAACCGAGCUGUGAGUUCUCAGCAUCACCGCCAAGAACAAAAGAAAGCUGCUAAAAAACGAGAGAUAUGGAGAAGAAAAGUACCAAGGCAUUGCUUGUUAUCAUGCUUGUAGUGAUGGCGCUUCUCUCUGGCAUUGAAGGAGGGAGAGAUAUGCGAGUGAAGAACGACAAGGCCAUCAACUAUAACCAACAAGACUGGUGGUUUCUCUGGCCUUUCCUUAAAGGCUGGUUCGCCCAUUUUCCAAUUUCUGCUGGUCCCAAAGAGAAGAACCCAGCAGCUGGGUCUCAGACUGGAAGUAGCGGUGGUGUUGCCACUGCUACAUUCCCAUGACAAGGCCACAUAUGCUAUAGCAUGAGUCAGGUCUCCCUUUGAAACGUAAAUAAAUAAGGUUAGAGCAUCUAUGCGAAUGUGCCUGUGUCUGUUGUUUGCUUUCUGCUGUGUAAUCUAGUCCCAGUGCUUGGGGCACUAAUAAAGUUUCCUUCAAAACUCA